UGUGAGAAACAAACUCAACAGUCAGCACUAGGAAUGCUGGGAAUUCUCAGUUGGCCUAGGCGGUGUCUGAGGUACAAGAGGAAACAGUAAAGAGAAAUUAAUUAUAUUUAACUUAACUCAAAACGAAAAAUGGAUGAUUUUCAAAGUGCCGAAGAGACUGCCUUUGUUGUUGAUGAAGUUUCAAAUGUCAUAAAAGAAUCAAUAGAAGGAGCUAUUGGUGGAAACGCAUAUCAACACAACAAAGUAAACCAAUGGACGUCAAGUGUUGUUGAGCAAUGCCUUAAUCAGUUAACAAAACUCGGGAAACCAUUUAAGUAUAUUGUUACUUGCGUCAUAAUGCAGAAAAACGGUGCAGGCUUACACACAGCUAGUUCUUGCUUCUGGGAUAAUACGACAGAUGGAAGCUGCACUGUGCGAUGGGAAAACAAAACAAUGUAUUGUAUUGUCAGUGUGUUUGGACUUGCAAUUUAAGAAAGUAACCUGCAAAGAACACUUUAACUCGGCAAAAGGACAGUAUUUAUCUUUUUUCUUUGCCAAUGUUUACAAGCAUUGACUCAGCAACUGAUUAAACCCGUCGCUCAUUAAUAUUGUAAAUCAAACCAUUGUAGAUAACAUAUAUAUUGUUUCAGAUAUUUGUUUGCAGUGUUGUAUGUUAUGAGCAACAGAAUGCCCUGUAUUACAUACUAACUCUUACCUUAAAGUUGUUUGUGUCUCUCAAUUUUGGUAUAUAUAGGUAUAUUUUGUCUCUCACAGUA